GCAUUGGCAACUGCAGGGUGUACGAGGAGCGGGCAGAGGAGCGGACGGCAGGUAUCCGCUGGAGGAGCUGCGUUAUCUCAAGGGAUUUAAUCAUGUGACGGACUCAAUAAGCCCUUCACCGUGAUGAAAUCAAAUUUUCCGAAUAGACAGCGGGUGCCGGGGCGCUUUAAAGCCUGCUAGCGGAAGGCAAUGCACAGAGGAGGAGGAGGUUACCCAGGACUGGGCUGGUGGAAGGCAGCGGCCCCUGCAGUGUACAGAGGAGCGGCGUCAAGCUAGAGGCAGCACCACCUCAACUUCUGGAGGAGGAUUUCAGAAUAAGAGAGGUCUGCCUGCACCACACCAGCAUGGAUCGUCUGAACGGCAGGCGGAGGCUGUAGCUCCAUCACAGUUGGCUGCGCUCCUGGGACCGAUGACGGGCCCCAACUCCCCGAGCCGCGCCGCCACCACCCCGGCCAAGCUCAGCCGGCACGGCCGCUCCAAGAGCAGCAGCGCGCACUGCCUCCUGCGCUGCGGGACCCGCGACGAGUCCUCCGCCUCCCCUCCCAACCGCUCCCCCGAGGAGGAGGAGGAGAAGGACGGGGGCGUCCUCUUCUACGUCAAUCGCAGCGGCUUCCCCAUCGACGGCGCCACCUGGGAGAGGAUGUGGUCCCACGUGGCCGCCGUGCACCCCGAGGGCCAGGAGAUGGUGACCAGGGUACGAAACGCCGCUUACCUGCCAAAGCAUCCCGUCCCCUCCAUUCCAACUUUCAAGCCAUCCAUGUCAGGCCCUGAUUGGUUGGUGGCCGUCCAGAACUACAUGAAGGCUCUGCAGUACAACCACACAGGAACCCAGUUCUUUGAGAUUAAGAAGAGCCGGCCGCUGUGUGGGUUGAUGGAAACGGCCAGAGAGAUGAUCAGGGAGUCUCUACCAAUCAAAUGCCUGGAAGCCGUCAUCUUAGGAGUCUACCUGACCAACGGCCUCACGUCUCUGGAGCGCUUCCCCAUCAGCUUUAAGACCCAGUUCUCAGGGCACUGCUUUCAUCACGUGGUUCUGGGCGUCUACUGCAACGGUCGCUACGGGUCGCUGGGCAUGAGCCGGCGCCAGGACCUGAUGGACAAACCGCUGAGCCACCGCACCCUGGGAGAACUGGUGGCCGAGUUUGAGAGCUCUUACAAGAGAUACCAGCACACUUUGAAGAAGGUGAAGAUCGGCUUGUACGUGCCUCACGACCCCCAUGUCUUUCAGCCAAUCGAGUGGAAGUAUCUGGUGCUGAAUGCGGCCCGACUGGGAGCUCAGGAGAUGAGGAAGGAGCUGGAAAAACAUGGCAGAGACAUGAGGAUGAAGAUCCUAAAGUCCUCCAGCGCUCAGUCACCAAUUAAGGAGCGCAGCCGAGGGAAGUCCUUAUCGCCGCGGCGACGGCAGAGCAGCCCACAGCGACGGACGGCCAACCGCAGAGACAAAUCGCCGGCCGCCGUGGAGAGGAAACCUCUGGAGCUCAGCACCCUCAGCGACGGGUACCAGAUCCGCAUCUGAUGCCCCGCCUUCCCUCACCGCACACAUCGGACCCCCAGCCGGCCAGCCACCUUCUCCCAGCCGGGUCUCCACCUGCCGGCGGCGCCUCCAGGAUCCGUCAGCUCCAUCUGGCGUAG